UUUAAUGUAACAAAAGCAUUCGCGAUGGCGAGGCAUCGGUACCUGGUAUAUGCAUUUGUCAUUACCUUCGCAAUUGUUGAAAGCCAUGCCGCCAAUACACAAAUAACUCAAGUCUCGACAAACGUUUAUUCUCGAUAUGGACAAGGUGAAAAUACUUUUCCAAGAAGGGAUCAAUCUGAUGGUGGUUCAAACAAUAUGGCGGCAGAGGUAGCCAACCAAGAUCAGGCUUCAACUGAUACGUCCCAGGAAAAUUCCAGUCAGAACAUCGAUCAGAACUCCGGUCAAGGAGGUAAUCAGAACAAGGGUCAGGGAGGUAAUCUGAAUAAGGGUCAAGGAGGUAAUCAAAAUAAGGGUCAAGGAGGUAAUCAAAAUAAGGGCCAAGGAGGUAAUCAGAACAAGGAUCAAGGAGGUAAUCAGAACAUGGGUCAAGGAGGUAAUCAGAACAAGGAUCAAGGAGGUAAUCAGAACAUGGGUCAAGGAAGUAAUCAGAACAAGAAUCAAGGAGGUAAUCAGAACAAGAACCCAGGAGGUAAACCGAACAACAACCCAAGAGGUAACCCGAACAACAACCCAGGAGAUAAACAGAACAAUAACCCAGGAGGUAAACAGAAUAACAACCCAAGAGGUAAUCAGAACAACGAUCAAGGACGUAAUUCGGAUAGAAAUCGAGGAGAUAAUCAAAACGAUGAUCAGGGAGAUGAUGAAAACUCUGAUCGAAGGCGUAAUCAGGACAAUGACCAAAGAGGUAAUGGCAACAAUGACCAAAGAGGUAAUGGCAACAACGAUCAGAGAGAUAAUCGCAACAAUGAUCGAGGAGGUAAUCGCAAUGAGCGAGGUGGUAAUGAUAACAAUGACCAAGACAACGGUCGAAACAACGACCAGAGAGAUAAUCGAGGAGGUGAUCGCGACAACGAACGAGAAGGAGAUCGCGACAGCGAACGAAGAGGUGAUCGCAAAAACGAAAGAGGAAGUGAUCGCAAUAACGACCAAGAUCGUAAUCGGAAUGACGGACAACGUCCUGGUACCAGAAUUGACGAAAACGAUCCAAGAAGAAACCCACGGGGGGAUCCCAGAUACAUUCCUGAAAGAGAAUAUGGUCUUAUACCUAGCAUCAAACGAAAGUUUAAAUCUAAGCUCAGAAGGAAGUUUGAGAAAGCUUAUUCCAUCAAAGAACGGCUACUUGGCCGCUUGUAGACGUCACACUUGGGGUUUAUAAAAAAAUUCACCGCGCCACUUACACGCGCAAAGUUUUCAAUUUAACUAUCAAAGCACUGGUAAUAAUAUAUUCAAGAAAAUUGUGGAACCGUCAUCAUAACACACCAAUUUGUCACAUGAUUAAAUAAAAUAUAUGCA